AUGUAUUCUCCUCUUCCUGCACUCGUCCUCGCCCUCCUACACCUUUCGGUUCUCAUCAAGUCGGCGGGGGCGCAACAGUCGACCUACUGGCUCGCCAACAAGCCUCAUGUUGGUAAAGUCACGUUUCAAGACCCCAAUUAUCCGGUUUUCCGAAAUGUCAAAGCCUAUGGCGCUGUCGGAGACGGUCUACACGACGACACUGACGCUAUAAACCGAGCCAUUGCUGCUCCUGGGACUCGCUGUGGCGGAGGCAAUGCUACAUACGGGUCGUUUUGCCAGUCUUCGACAGUGACGCCGGGACUGGUCUAUUUCCCACCAGGAAUCUAUAACGUCUCGAAACCUUUGAUCAUGUACUACUUCACGCAAAUGGUGGGCGACGCCGUCAACCCACCCACCAUCCGAGUCAGUUCCAAUUUCACCAAUAUCGUGGGGUUGGCCGUCUUUGAUGCAGACAUCUACAUCCCGUCCGGCAGCGGUGCCGAGUGGUAUGCCAACCAAAACAACUUUUACCGGCAGAUUCGCAACUUCGUCAUCGACAUGACAAGCGCACCCUUGAAAACGGCAGGCAUCCACUGGCAGGUGGCCCAGGCCACGAGCAUGCAGAACAUUGUCAUCAACAUGGUGUCCAAGGACGUGGUCAACAACCAGCAACAGGGCAUCUACAUGGAAAACGGAUCGGGAGGUUUCUUUUCCGACAUGGUCAUCACGGGCGGCGCCAUCGGGGCGUACCUCGGAAACCAGCAGUUCACGACGCGCAAGAUCCAAUUCGACGGCUGCUCGACGGCGAUCAAGAUGAAUUUCGACUGGGUGUGGUUGUUCACUCAGAUCACCAUCACAAAUUCCGAUGUCGGUAUCGACAUGACCAGUGGCGGCUUCUCCAACCUCGCCGUAGGCUCUUUGGUCUUGCUUGACAGCACGAUAUCCGCGACUCAGGGCAUCCUCACCCCCUAUGCCCCGGGUUUCAGCUCGCCCCAGGCCGCGGGGACAUUGGUCAUCGAGCGAGUCGACUUCACCGGUAGCGGGGUCGCCAUCUCUGCCGCCGGUGGCACUCAAGCGAGGACGAUCCUCGCCGGCCAACAGUUUGUCGAGCUCUGGGCGCAGGGAAACGCCUGGACAACGGCGGGCCGGGCGCUGAAUGGCCAGUACUUCAACGGCACGACCUGCUCUUACCAGAAUGCCAGCCAGACGGCCUACACUGCGCAAGAAACGACCAUUCAGCGGGCCCUCGCCCCGAUCCCUCGCCCGUCCUCGCUGGUCGACAGCAAUGGGCAAUACGUGUACCGCGUCAAACCACAAUACGAAAACCUUCAAUGGGAUAGCGGGUUCCUCAGCGCCAAAGCAAACGGACUCGUGGGUGAUGGGUCUACAGAUGACACGGUCGCGAUGCAGGCACUCUUCAACCUCGCCCAUAUCACGGGCAAAAUCGUCUACUUUGACAGGGGAGCUUACAUCGUCACCUCGACCGUCAAUGUUCCGGCGGACGUCAAGAUCACUGGCGAACUGUUGAGCAUCGUCAUGGCGACGGGCACGUUCUUCGGCGACGAGUUCAACCCGAAGCCGAUGUGGAAAAUCGGCAAUCCUGGAGAAGUCGGCACCGUCGAAAUCUCCGACCUCAUGUUCGAGGUCAAGGGCCCGUGUCCAGGCGCCAUUAUAAUCGAGUGGAACAUCAAGGCCGCUGGGCCGGCGUUGGCGGGCAUGUGGGACGCUCACUGGCGUAUCGGCGGGUCGGCAGGGACAGACUUACAACAGGACAUCUGCCUCAAGACUCCGGCGACACCGAUCGCGGGGACGAAUCCGGUCUUGACCAAGUGCAUCGGCGCAUUUUUGUUGUUACACGUCACGAGCCAGGCAGACGGGUAUUUUGAAAACACGUGGGGAUGGGUAGCGGACCACGAGUUGGACAUGGCGGAUCGGCAGCAGAUUUAUAUCUUCAACAAAGGUGGUUUCCUCAUUGAAUCCCAAGGCCCCGUGUGGCUGUACGGCACGGCGGCCGAACACUCGGUCAUGUACGACUACCAAUUCGUCAACGCGAAGGACGUCUUCAUGGGCCACAUCCAGCACGAGACGGCGUACUUCCAGGGCAACCCCAACGCGCUGGUGCCCUUUACGCCGCAGCCGUCGUGGCACGACCCGGACUUUUCGGACUGCGUGCAGGCCAACUGCGCGCGCACCUGGGCCGUGCGGUUCGUCAACUCGAGUUCCAUCUUCAUGUACGGCGGCGGGCUGUACAACUUUUUCGAGAACUGGAACACGCAGGCCUGUCUGGGCACCGAGAGCUGCCAGGAGCGCAUGGUCGACUUCCGCAACUCGACCGACAUUUACCUCUGGGCCCUGAGCACCAAGGGGUCCCAGUUCAUGAUCAGUUACGAGGGUACCGACCUCGUGCCGUACAGCGUCAACAAGGCAAACUUUUGUGAGACGAUUGCGCUCUUCGAGCUGGCGAGUGAGCAGUGA